AUGUCACCUCCCACACCCCCCCACCCAGUUCCCCCCAAAACCCCGGAGACCCCCGCCCCGACCCCAGCACUGACCCGAGCGGGUUCGGGUCUUUCCGGAGGAGUUCGGGUUCCUACGGGUCUGGUUCGGUUGUUUCCGGACGGGACAGUCCCGGUUCGGGUCUUUCCGGGCCGGUUCGGGUUCUCCCGUGUGGGUUCGGCUCCCGGUUCGGGUCCCCUCAGGCGGCUUCGGGUGUUUCAGGACGGGACGGUCCCGCUUUUGGGUCCCUUUGGGUUCGGGUCCCCUCAGGCGAGUUCGGGUUCCCUCAGGCGGGAUCAGAUCCUGGUUCAGGUCCCCUCAGGCGGGUUCGGGUCCCGGUUCGGGUCCUCUCAGGCGGGAUCAGGUAACGGUUCGGGUCUCCUCAGGCGGGUCCGGGUCCCUUUGGGUUCGGGUCCCCUCAGGCGGGAUCAGAUCCCGGUUCGGGUUCCCUCAGGCGAGUUCGGGUCCCUUUGGGUUCGGGUCCCCUCAGACGGGAUCAGAUCCCGGUUUGUGUCCUCUCAGGCGAGUUCGGGUCCCGGUUCGGGUCCCCUCAGACGGGAUCAGAUCCCGGUUCGGGUCCCCUCAGGCGGGUUCAGGUCCCGGUUCGGGUCCCCUCAGGCGGGUUCGGGUCCCUUUGGGUUCGGGUCCCCUCAGACGGGAUCAGAUCCCGGUUCGGGUUCCCUCAGGCGAGUUCGGGUCCCGGUUCGGGUCUUCUCAGGCGGGUUCGGGUCCCUUUGGGUUCGAGUCCCCUCAGACGGGAUCAGAUCCCGAUUCGGGUCCCCUCAGGCGAGAUCAGGUAACGGUUCCGGUCUCCUCAGGCGGGAUCAGAUCCCGGUUCGGGUCCCCUCAGGCGGGAUCAGAUCCCGGUUCGGGUCCCCUCAGGCGAGAUCAGGUAACGGUUCGGGUCCCCUCAGGCGGGAUCAGAUCCCGGUUCGGGUCCCCUCAGGCGAGUUCGGGUCCCGGUUCGGGUCCCCUCAGGCGAGUUCGGGUCCCGCCGGUCCGGAUUCGGCUCCCGGUUCGGCCCCUCAGGCGGUUCGGGUUCCCCCCCCGAGCAGGUUCGGUUGUUUCCGCCAGGGUUCGGGUCCCUCCGCCGGUCGGUCCCACUCGUGUCUCUCCGGGCGGUUCCCCCGGGGCGUGGCCGGAGUGGGGGGGGGGAAUGUGUGA